GCCAGAUCAGGACAGAGGCAAAAAAGAAAAAUAUACACAAUCGAGCUAGGGCAGGUGGAGAGUGCAGAGGGACAAUCACGAACGUCUCCGAAAUCCUGUGGAAGGAAUUCUGCACUCCUUCUCUUCUGUUUUGUUCCAGAGUUUGACGAAGUGAAGGUUUACCUAUCGACACAACACAAUCAACACACACACGGUACAAUACUACACUGAAUGAGGAAAUAAGAUAUCAAGCAAAAGUCAAACAAAUUAAAAGUCAGGAAGAGCGUCGAAACAUUGAAAUGCGGAAGAUCUUUGUUCACAGCAGCAGCAAACUGCGCUGAGAGGUGUUUACAGGGGUUCCCCAUCCACUGACUUACACUGGGCACAAAACUAUCUGGACGCAGAUCAUGUGUUACAUAACUUACUUACUGGAAACAAAUGCACUGAAGUGAAACUGAAUCAACUUUGCGUGGCGAUACACACGGAUUCAAUUUGGUGGGGGGUGGGGGGUGGGGGGGGCACUAUCGCAGCCCGUGGCCCCUGGGGGAAUAACCCCAAGCCAAACCACGAUCGAUGCCCAAAGAGAGGCGGAGGUCACUCCGAGAGGCGGUGUUCUCCCGUUUGUCUCCUAUUUGCGACGGAUCAGGGAAAGGAGGAGGAGGAGAACACGAAAGAAACUUUUCAUCCACAGAGAUUUGUGAUGAUCCAACACAGAUGGCGGAACAGUACAGUAGGCAAGCAGGCUUUCUCCCCGACAGUGGCGCGGUGCGAGGGUGCUUCGUGCCGCAGGUGACCAUCACCUCUGACGAGGACUCGCGGGAGAUCACGCAGGAGGAUCUGGAGGAGGAGGUGAACGGACGGCUGCGCCGAAAACUCUCCAACUCAUCCCUCUCUUCCAAUGGCUCUUCCACGGCGUUUGACGAGUCGGAGGAUGACAUCCUCAGUGACAACGAGAGCAAGAGCAAAGGCAUCGUGACUCUGGAGCAUUUGGGGGACUCGGUAGACACAGGAGAGCAAACCAAUGCUUGGUGGAAACUGAAGACUAUUGUCCAUUGUCCUUUGGUAGCCUCACAACGAAAACGACUUUCCUGGGUUCAGUUAGCAGGCCAUAAAGGCAGCUUCAAGGCAGGAGAUAAGGGCUCCAUAUUGAAGAAGUUCUCAGAGAAUGAGAAGCAGUGUUUUGAGAGGCUGAAAGAGGAUGCUUUAAAUUCCUUCGUGCCAGUCUACAGUGGAGUGGUAGAGAGAGAUGGAGAACUCUUUCUGAAAAUGAAAGACUUAUUGGCCAGCUUUGAUAUGCCGAAUGUCAUGGACUGCAAAAUGGGAGUGAGGACGUAUCUGGAGGACGAGCUGGUUCGGGCGAGGGUCAAGCCUAAGCUACGCAGAGACUUGUAUAAAAAGAUGCUGGAGGUGGACAGUGAGGCUCCUACAGCUGAGGAACAGAAGCAACAGGCUGUUACUAAACCACGCUACAUGCAGUGGAGGGAAAGUCUCAGCUCUACUAACAAUCUGGGCUUCCGCAUCGAGGGUAUCAAGAGAGGUGAAACUUGCAACACAGACUUUAAAAGGACCCGCUCAAUGGAGGACGUCACUCAGGUCUUCAAGGAUUUUGUUGGAGGCAACAAAAACAUAAUUAACUCCUAUAUUACAAGGCUUGUGGAUAUUAAACAGGUUCUGACAACUUCAGAGUUCUUCAAGAAACACGAGGUCAUUGGGAGUUCACUUCUUUUCAUUCACAAUCACACGGAGAGAGCUGAAAUCUGGCUCAUUGACUUUGGGAAGACAACACCUCUUCCGGACGGACAGACCGUGGAUCACUACAGACCCUGGGAAGAGGGCAACCGAGAGGACGGAUACCUACUGGGCCUUGACAACCUGCUGCAGACCCUUACCUCACUUGCCAGGGAGUGACCUUUUUGACUUCUUUUUGAGAACUUUACAUUGCGAGUGACAGCAACAGGAUGGAUGCUGAUAGACAAUCAUUUUUUUGCAGUGCAUUAUAGGGAGGCUACCGGUGAAAGGAUUCAUUACUUUAGAGUAUUAAGCUGUAAAAGCUUCUCAUUGUCAGACCAGUUUAAAAAAAAAUUGAUAUCAAACUGAUCUUUGAUAUAUUGUCUGUCAUUAUGCAUUAUACAGUUCCUCCUCCCCAAAGCCCUUUGUGUUGUGUGCAUUUUAUGUACAUACUGGCACCUAUCAUAAUCAGUUGUUUUAUAUAUAUAUAUAUAUAUACACACAUACAGUUGAAGAUAGAAGCUUACAUACACUUUGGUUGAAGUCAUUAAAACUAAUUUUUUAACCACUUCACAGAUUUCAUAUUAGCAAACUAUAGUUUUGGCAAGUCGUUUAGGACUUCUGUUUUGUUUAUGACAAGAGUAAUUUUUCCAACAAUUGUUUACAGACAGAUUGUUUCACUUUUAAUUGACUAUAUCACAAUUCCAGUGGGUCAGAAGUUUACAUACACUAAGUUAACUGUGCCUUUAAGCAGCUUGGAAUAUUCCAGAAAAUUAUGUCAAACCUUAGGCAAUUAGCCAAUUAGCUUCUGAUAGGCUAAUUGGAGUCAAUUGGAGGUGUACCUGUGGAUGUAUUUUAAGGGCUACCUUCAAACUCAGUGCCUCUUUGCUUGACAUCAUGGGAAAAUCAAAAGAAAUCAGCCAAGAACUCAGAAAAAAAAUUGUGGACCUCCACAAGUCUGGUUCAUCCUUGGGAGCAAUUUCCAAACACCUAAAGGUACCAUGUUCAUCUGUACAAACAAUAGUACUCAAGUAUAAACACCAUGGGACCAUGCAGCCAUCAUACCGCUCAGGAAGGAGACGCAUUCUGUCUCCUACAGAUCAAUGUAGUUUGGUGCAAAAAGUGCAAAUCAGUCCCAGAACAACAGCAAAGGACCUUGUGAUGAUGCUGGAGGAAACAGGUAGACAAGUAUCUAUAUCCACAGUAUAACGAGUCCUAUUUCGACAAAACCUGAAAGGCUGCUCAGCAAGGAAGAAACCACUGCUCCAAAACCACCAUAAAAAAGCCAGACUACAGUUUGCAAGUGCACAUGGGGACAAAGAUCUUACUUUCUGGAGAAAUGUCCUCUGGUUUGUUGAAACAAAAAUUGAGCUGUUUGGCCAAUGCUGCAGGAGGGACUGGUGCACUUCACAAAAUAGAUGGCAUCAUGAGGAAGGACAAUUAUGUGGAUAUAUUGAAACAACAUCAAGACAUCAGCCAGGAAGUUAAAGCUCGGUCACAAAGGGGUCUUCCAAAUGGACAAUGACCCCAAGCAACCUUGGGGUCAAAAUUUUGCCACAACCUCCAAAGUUGUGGCAAAAUGGCUUAAGGUAUUUUAAGGCCUACCUUCAAACUCAGUGCCUCUUUGCUUGACAUCAUGAGAAAAUCAAUAGAAGACCUCAGAAAAAAAAUUGUGGACCUCCACAAGUCUGGUUCAUCCUUGGGAGCAAUUUCCAAAUGCCUGAAGGUACCACGCUCAUCUGUACAAACAAUAGUAUGCAAGUGUAAACACCAUGGGACCACACAUGUGUUGCAAGUGCACAUGGGGACAAAUAUCUUACUUUUUGGAGAAAUGUCCUCUGGUCUAAUGAAACAAACACUGAACUGUUUGGCCAUAAUGAUCAUUGUUAUAUUUGGAGGAAAAAGGGUGAGGCUUUCAAGCCGAAGAACACCAUCCCAACCAUGAAGCAUGGGGGUGGAAGCAUCAUGUUGUGGGGGUGCUUUGCUGCUGGAGGGACUGGUGCACUUCACAAAAUAAAUGGCAUCAUGAGGAAGGAAAAUUAUGUGGAUAUAUUAAAGCAACAUCUCAAGACAUCAGCCAGGAAGUUAAAGCUUGGUCACACAUGGGUCUUCCAGUGUGACAAUGACCCCAAGCAUACCCCCAAAGUUGUGGCAAAAUGGCUUAAGGACAACAAAGUUUAGGUAUUGGAGUGGCCAUCACAAAGCCCUGACCUCAAUCCGAUAGAAAAUUUGUGGUCAGAACUGAAAAAGCGAAAAAGAGCAAGGAGGCCUACAAACCUGACUCAGUUACACCAGUUCUGUCUGGAGGAAUGGGCCAAAAUUCCAGCAACUUAUUGUGAGAAGCUUGUAGAAGGCUACCCAAAACGUUUGACCCAAGUUAAAUAAUUUAAAGACAAUGCUACCAAAUACUAACAAAGUGUAUGUAAACAUCAGACCCACUGGAAAUGUGAUGAAAGAAAUAAAAGUUGAAAUAAAUCAUUCUCUCUACUAUUAUUCUGACAUUUCACAUUCUUAAAAUAAAGUAGUGAUCCUGACUGACCUAAGACAGGGAACGUUUUCUACGAUUAAAUGUCAGGAAUUGUGAAAAACUGAGUUUAAAUGUACUUGGCUAAGGUGUAUGUAAACUUCUGACUUCAACUGUAUAUAUAUUUGUGAUGAGGAGGAGGGCGUGGCCGGGCCUUGAUGGUGCACGGCUGGCGCUGAAUCAGCUGAUCAGCGGAAGAGCCAGAGGCACCAGUUCGAGAGAGAGACGCACGCUGCCGCGUUGCAUGUGUGUCUGUGUUUAUGUUUGUUUUAUGUUAAGUUUCUGAUUAAACUACGUUGACAGUUCAGCCGGAUCCCGCCUCCUCCUUGCCCACCUUUACCUGUUACAAUAUUAUUUCUGCACACUUCAUAAAGGAUAAACUCGCAUGAAUAGUUGGUUGUAAGCAACAUUGCUAUGUCUAGGCCCAACAAACACUAGUCAAACAAUGGACCUUAUUCACGCUAGCGCCAUCUGUAAUUUUUAAUAGGAAUGACUAUGAGGCUGUGAGGGAAAGACUUACAGUCUCUUCAAUGGGCUGCACUGCAGUUUAAAAGGUUUUUGGAUUGUUCCGCAGACAAAACAUUGAUAGAAUAUCUGUCUAAGAACAUUCAGUAUACAAAGAACUCCAGACAACAUGAAUUGUUGAAAAUCAGAUGUGAUCUAGGAGCUUUAUACAACUUUAUACCAUUUGUGCCAUUGAAGAGAUGUUAAGUCUAUCCGUCACAGCCUCGUUGUCAUUCCCAUUAAAAAACAAAGAUGGCGGUAGCAUGAAUAAGGUCUGUUGAUGUUGCACAACUGACUGUUUUGUAAACUUGUGCCAUCAAACUAAUGUGUAGAACCAAAAUGCAACAAUUAUAGGGUUACCUUCUAAAGUCUAUACCAUUAAAUAAAUAGUUCACCCAAAAAUGAAAAUUCUCUCAUCUUUAACUCACCCUCAUGCCAUCCCAGAUGUGUAUGACUUUCUUUCUUCUGUAGAACACAAACAAAGCUCUGUAGGUCCAUACAAUUCAAGUGAAUGGGUGCCAAAAUUAUGAAGCUCCAAAAUGCACAUAAAGUCAGCAUAGAAGUAAUCCAUAAGAUUCCAGUGGUUAAAUCCAUAACUGCUGAAGCGAUGAUAGGUGUGGGUGAGAAACACAGUUCAAUAUUUAAGUACGUUUUUUACCAUAAAUUCUCCUCUCUGCCCAGUAGGGGGUGAUAUGCAAGAAGAAUGCAAAUCACCAAAAACAGAAGAAGGAAUUAAAUAUUGAACUUUUUAUCACCCACACCUGUCAUAUCACUUCAGAGAAUAUGGAUUUAACCAAUGGAAUCUUAUAGAUAGUUAUACUGAGUUUAUGUGCAUUUUAGAGCUUCAGAAUUUUGGCACCCAUUCACUUGCAUUGUGAGGACCUACAGAGCUGAAAUAUUCUUCAAAAAAUCUUUGUAUUCAGCAGAAGAAAGAAAGUCAUACACAUCUGGGAUGACAUGAGAGUGAGUAAAUUAUGAGAGAAUUUUCAUUUUUUGGUGAACUAUCCCUUUAAAUCCUGUCAUCAUUUACUAACAUUGUUCCAAACCUGUAUGACUUUUUUUCUUUCAUGGAACACAAAAGGAGGUGUUAGGCAGUAUGUUAGGGACUCAUAGACAAAGUCACCAUUUUCUUUUGUUGCAUCUUUUUCUGUACAAUGAAAGUUAAUUGUGACUGAGGCUGUCCAUCUCUAACAUUCUGCCUAACACGGAAGAAACUAAUACGAGUUUGGGCAAGAUGCGGGUGUGUAAAUGAUGGUAGAAUUGUAUAUAGGAUACAUUAUUUGGGCAAACUAUCCCUCUUGUGUGCUACGCGGAACAAGUAUGCAAAGAUACAGUGUAUUUCUAGUAAUGUUUGGUAAUAUUUUUUAUAUUUUUUAUAUUUUUGACCGCAGUGAUCAAUCAAGGGUGGUGUUAUAGAUUAUUCUUUUGAUGAUUGCAUGGACAUAUUUUAUUGGUGUUAGGUUGAAGGAUCUGCAUUGCAAUUUUCCAUACCUGCACAUCACUUCAAGAGUUUUCAUUAUGGAUCAGACCAACUUAACCUUGUGACACUAUUUUGUUUUUUGGGGCAGGUGAGUUUUGUUACAGUGUUCCCUGUGCAGUAUUUUUAUGACAAAUAAAACAUCUGCUCAAAUCAUUCUGUACUCUCUUUUCCCCAGGGAAAUCAGAAGUAAAUGAAGAAACUUUAGGUACACAUACAACAUAAUAUAUUUCUGCAAUUCCAAAGUAAUUAAAGUAAGGUCAUUCAUACCAGGAUUAUAGUCCAAAAACAAUUUAUUUAAGGUUUGCUAUUACACAGCAACAUCCUUUUAACAUAAAAAUACAUGAAGAAGCUUUACAUUAAAAUUCACUUUAUGUGAUGGUACAUUUCUAAUUUGGCUUUCUAAAUGAGCCGCUGUGUGAUACUGCAAAGCCUUCCAUAAACAGCAAGACGUAUGCAGAACACUGGCAGUGAUAACCUCAACAGAAUCCAACAAAUAAUAAUAAAAAAAAAAAAAAAAAAAAAAAAAAA